ACCCCCAUGCAGGCAACAUGAGGCGCGCCUGGCUCAUCGUGUCGGCUGCUCUCUGGCUGUGCCUCUGGGCGCCCGCGCCUGCCCUCUCGCAGGAAGCCGAAGCCGAAACCGAAGCUGAAACCGAAGCCGAAGCGGAAGCCGAAGCCGACGCCGAAGUCGACACCACAGUGUCGGUCCAAGUCGUUGAAGAAAACUGGACUAUUGUUCUUCAACCCAGAUGUUGUUCGGACUGCACGUUUGUAUCCAGAGGCUUCAAGUGCAAAGUGAAAAGCUGUCUCAGUAACUGUCCUUGGGCGAGAAGUUCAGCAACACCUUCUGCAGUGCCUUUGUUCUAGUGCAUUAUGGAGAUGGCUUAUGGCAAAUAAUUCGUCGAAUCGUUCGAUGCAAAACAGCUGAAGCGCUUUUCACAUAAAAAUGUGAAUCUUGCAACACUGUCAGCGGUGUCUGAAUAUGUAGCAGAGGCAUCAGAAAUACAUCUAACAAGAAGUUGCAGAUACUGCAGCGCUUUGGGAUGCAAUCCAAA